AUGCCUGGGAAGUGUACUUUCAGCGAAAACUGGACUUCUCACGUGGCGUACAAAGACUGGAUAUUACGAGAUUCAAGCUCUCAACACAAAGCACGUUGUCGCUUGUGCCAAAAAUCGUUCGACUGCUCAAAUAUGGGGGAAUCCGCCCUCAAAAGUCACAUGGGAGGGAGGAAGCACAAAGAAUUAGCAGCAUUAAUAGCUGAGCGGUCAGCGCCAAUUACCCAGUUUAUGUCUUCAAACGCAGCAUCGUCAUCUGGCUCUGACAAACCUGGUCCUUUGACAUCUCGUGGCGUAGAUUCCAGCCCUUCAGUACGUGAUACAAGUGCUGAAACACCAAGCUCAUCUGCUUCUCUUAAAGAAACGUUGGUAUCAUCUUAUAUGGCCAAAGAGGAAACACUGAAAGCCGAAAUUCGUUGGACUUUGCAUACGGUCGAAAAACACCAUUCCUUUCACUCAAACGAAGGGAUUGACAAAGUUUUCCAAGACAUGUUUGGUGACAGUGCAAUUGCUAAGAAGUUUUCCUGCGGUGAGAAAAAGUGCAGUUAUAUAGCUUGCUUUGGACUGGCCCCCUAUUUUGGAAAGCUACUAAAAGAGAAAGUUGACAUGGAGGAUUCAUUUGUGCUGCUGUUUGAUGAAAGUUUGAACUUCAUCACAAAGAACAAGCAGUUAGAUGUCUUCAUUCGUUUUUGGGAUAGCAACAGAGUUGUGAGUCGGUACUGGAUGUCACAGUUUCUUGGACACGCAACAUCAGAGGACCUUCUGGAACACUUCAACAAGGCAACAGAAACAUUAGACCUGCGAAAGUUGCUUCAGGUGUGUUUAAAUUUGUGAUUACACUUGGGGUCAUACAUUAUGUAUGGCAUUUUGAAUUGAAAAAUUAGCUGUUUGUAGUUUUUUCCUGUAAUGAUUAAACUUGCCAGCCACCCCCGCCUUCCGAAGGCAUAAAUGAAGACUGGUCUCUGAUAUUCCUUUAACUCUUGCUGAUAAUGGGUGUGGCACGCAAUACUGCAAAACAGUAAUUAGGUACUGACAAAAACAGAGUGAUGUUUAAAUAUCAUAUUUACUGAUUGAGGAUUGGUUCUGUAUUACCAACAGCACUAUAAAUUCUCAAUGCAAUAUAUAAUUAGUUUAAUUACAACUGUGUGUUGAACAAGUCUAAUGAAAGACCUUUUGUUGUUUGUUCUUGGUUCAGAACAAGCUUCUGUCCCCAUUCUAUUAUCUUUUCCUUCUGGUUUUUAUGCCUUGCCUACCUUUUCCUUUACUUUAAAGGUGUCAAUGGAUGGUCCUAAUGUCCACUGGAAAUUUGUAGAUAUGUUCUCCCAUCAGCUGAUCGACGAAUACAGCACUUCCUUCCUCAACAUAGGAAGCUGCGGCCUCCAUAUCAUACAUGGUGCAUUUAAGCAUGGCUCAGAGAGAACUGGAUGGGAACUGGAUAACUUUUUCAGUAGUAUUUUCAAGUUAUUUAAAGAUACACCUGCAAGAAGGGAUGAUUACACCCGUGUAACUGGCAGCAGUGUAUUUGCAUUUAAGUUCUGCAAACACAGAUGGGUAGAGAAUGUCCCGGUAGCAGAGAGGGCCAUAGAGAUGUUGCCACAUUUACUCAAGUAUUUGAAGGUUGUGCAGGAGAAGAAGCUCCCAAACCCAACGACUCAGUCAUUUCAGACUGUGAAGAACAUGUUGCAAGAUGUUUUGUUAGAGGUGAAAAUAAACUUUUUCAUCUCCAUUGCAAAGGAAGUAACACCUUUUCUCACCAUUUAUCAAACUGAUCGUGUCAUGCUGCCUUUCUUGGGAGAUGAUUUGCAUCGUAUGCUCAAGUCCAUUAUGUCCAGGGUGAUCAAAAAUUCUGUUUUGAAGGAACAUAGAGCAACACCCCAGUGCCUAAUGAAGGUGGAUAUCAGCGACAAGAGCAAUCAGUGCACGGCUUACAAGGUUGAUCUUGGUUUUGUUGCCACUGAGCAAUUGAAAAAGCUUGUGGCAGCAAAGAAAGUCACUGACAAGCAAGUACUUGAACUAAAAAUGGAAUGCAAGGAGUCAGUUUUAACAAUUUUAAAACACCUUAGGCUAAAGUCACCAUUGGGAUACAGAACUGUGAGGGCAUUGCAGUGUUUGAAUCCCCAGAUGUUGGUCAGCAAGCCAGAAAAAUGCAUUGAGAAGUUUCAAGUAGUUCUGAAGGCCCUAGUGAAUACUAAGAAGUUAAAGGAAUGUGAUGUUGAUGUAACAAAACAGCAGUUUGUGUCUUUCCUAGAUGAAGAGGUCCCCCAGCGUGUUUCAAGGCUGAAUUCCUUUGAUCACACCAAAGAAGAUCAUCAUAUUGACAAGCUGUUUUAUGACAUGUUAGCCUCUAAGAAAUCCUAUGAGAAGUUGUGGGCUGCACUCAAGAGUCUAUUGACCUUGUCCCAUGGCCAAGCCACAGUGGAAAGGAGAUUCUCCACAAACAAACAAGUCUCCAUAGACAACUUACAGGAAAGGUCAUUUGUUGCAAUGAGACAAAUUCAGGAUCACAUUCAUACAGUGAAGGGGUCCCUAAAUGUGAAUAUAACCAAGCAGAUGAUAUCCUCGGUUGCUGCAGCAAGGCAAAGAUACAUGACGUACCUGGAAGAAGAGAGGAAGAAGAAACAGAAAGAGGCUUCCUCAAUGAAAAGAAAAUCAUUGGUGGAGGAACUUGAUGAGUUGAAAGCCAAGAAGAAGAGGCUUGAAAGUGAAGCUGCAGCACUGGUAAAGUCUGCAGAUGACUACUCUGUGAAAGCAGAAAGUACAAAAAACAUUGAUAAAGUCAGGCAGUUGGUGGCACAGUCAAACAGUCAUCGUAGUUCCUCAAAACGAAAACUUGAAGAAGCUUCUAAAAUCGACAGCGAAAUA